UUAAAAUCCCUGAUUACGAAUGUUAUCAUACAUCCAUAGUGAUAAGAUUAAUAGUAUGGGCAUAAAUAUCAUUCUUUAAACAGUACAGCGGCAGAAGUACAUUUGUAUUGAAAAUGAUCAUUUAUUUUAUCUUAACAUGUUUACUCUUGUGAAAGUGUUCUUUUGUCCGUAACAGUAUUGUUUUACAUACUUACGCCAAAUCAUGAUUAAGUGUUAAUUGUUUAGUAUACAAAUGAUAUUUGGAUACUCUCAAAUGUUGGUUACUCACUCAUCUAUAUAUAAAAGUGAUGUCAUGAAGUCAUUUUUAUUGGGAUAUUUAUAUUUUUAUAUUGUAAUAUAUCCAGUCAAGAGUUCAGAUUUGGUUACUUCCUGGGAGAUUUCAAAUAGCUACAUCAGUUUUGAUAACUGUACUCAAUGUAACGUCAAACCGCAUGUGUGUAACUGUUUGGAGGAUCGUCUUGCAAACAAAUGUCUAGUCUGCUGUUCUGAUGUUUCAUGCUGUUUCUGUUAUGAUUGUACUUGCAGGCAAAACAGGCAAUUGAUAAUAAUGACGCAGAUCGCCAUUUCCAUAUUGUUCACGUUCGGCUUCCUCGGCUUGAUCAUAAUUUAUUGCAAAAUAUGUAGUAGGACCAGACGACAAGUUACACGUGGAAGAUGCAUCGUGUUGCAAGAACAAGAACUUGAUAGAACGAACUGCAGUGUUAUAGAAGAUCUAAGGGAGAGACCACCUCCAUAUAACGAAGUACCUUACAGUGCUCCUCCUCUUUACACGUCUCCCUACAACAGGACGUCCAUGCAGGAAGCUCCACCGUCGUAUCCAGGAACUCCGAAACCGCAAGAGAGAUCCGAAGCCACCGAGCAAACGCUCUCGAGACAUUCCGUGUUCGUUGCUUCUUCCAUAGCUCAACACAUGUAAUGUGAUAUUUCUGUAGAUAUUAUAGGUAAUAAUUACCUACAUAUUUGUACAGAUAUGCUAUUUUAAUUAUUAUAAAAAGCGUAGAACGUCUAUAAAUUUAGCUUAAAAGAAAGUCUUGUCGUUUUUAUCGUAGUCAGGAACAGGAUAUCAUUUGCAUGCGAAGAAUCCUACGAGUUCUUCAAAAUUACCUUGUCAUUUUAGAAACAUUUUAAAGAGAUUUUUAAGAUUUACAAUUUUUUACUAGUCGCAAUAAAAAAAUACGUAAGUCUUUUCUUAUAAUUCAGAUAAACGCACGCAAUGUCGUAAUCGUUACAGGCAGUGAAGGGUGAUGAAAAUUACGCUCCACAAUUAUAUAAUGAAAAUGUCAUUUAUUUGAUGUGGUGCAAUGACUUAAAGUAAAAUGGAAAAUGAAUGUCUGUAUGAGCUGGGUUUAAUGAAUGGCGCGCGCGUAACAAUUUCUCGGAAAUCAACCACUACCGCCGCCGCCAUUCAUCGUUUUACAAAAACGCAGCGCUUUGGAUUUUUUUAAAUGCAAUAUACAACGGAAGUGUGUAUGUCUGUGUAUAUAUAAUAUGUGUGUAUAUGUGUGUGUAUCAGAGAGCGGGCGUGCGGUAGCGGCUAAAAUUAUAGCGGAUGGUGAUCGUCGAUCGGUCGCCAACACGCGCCGGCUUUCAUCAUGAUGAGGUAACAUUUGUCUCUUACUUGUACUUAAUAGUUUAUCAAAUUAUAUAUCCAGUCAUACAUUCA